AUGGCCGCCACUUCCGUCGUCCGCAAUAACGCCGCUGUAUCCCCUCUCUCGGACCUCAAGUUACCGAGGAUGAACAUGCCUGUCUUCAGUGGUAAUUUUCUUGAGUGGCAGUCUUUUUAUGACUUGUUCGACAGUUUGGUUCACCAAAAUCCGAUGCUGAAGGACAGCCAAAAGCUGUACUUUUUGAAAACGAAUCUCGCUGGUGAGGCAGCGUCGUUGAUUUCGCAUCUGAAAAUCGAGGAUGCGAAUUACCGAUCUGCCCUGGAGAAACUGAAAUACAGGUACGACAAGCCACGUGAGAUUGCUAACCAGCAUAUUAAGCGAUUCUUAGCACAGUCAACGCUGACGUCAUCCUCUUCACAUGGCUUGCGAUCACUGCACGACGUGUCAGAUGAGGUUAUCCAAACUCUACAAGCAAUGGAUAGGGAAGAUCGUGACACGUGGCUCCUACUCAUUCUCAGCGAAAAGGUGGAUCCCGACACGAAACAGCUGUGGUGCCAGAAGAUUGCAGAAAUGGAAGAAGCGGACAUCACUCUGCAGUGCUUCCUGAAGUUCGUCGAAUCCCGCAGUUUCGCUCUACAGUCAACGCAACCAACGAAGCCGAAAGUCAGCGUGCCCUUCAAGCAACCUUUAAAACCUCAACCCAGAGGUGCUACCGCAUUCGUCGCCACGAACCCUCCGUUCUGCAACAUGUGCACCAAACAAAACCACCAUCUCUACCAAUGUGGUAAGUUCAUUCACAUGAACCAUGACGAUCGACUCGCUCACGUCAACAAGAUGAAGCUGUGCAACAAUUGCCUGAAAGUACAUCCCGGUGAAAACUGCAAAUCAGCCCACGCUGACAAGUGUGCCGAAAUCAUCAUCUCCUCGCGCUGCACGGAUUAUCGUACCUCCGUACCUUGCAUGGUGUUGAAGAAAAUCACUAAAACGCUUCCCUGCAAGCCAGCGAAUAUCGAAGAUUAG